AUGCUGCGUGCAACUUGCUUUACUCCUUCCCUUUCUCGGGCUUGUCGUCCUUUAUUUGUAAUGAUUCUCAGAAUCCCAUCUCUUCAUCUCCCGCAUCGUAGCUUUUCUCCAUUUCGUGGGUACCAUACUUCCUUACCUGUCAAAGGCAGCCGAGACAGAGGACUGUUUCUUGUUGACCACAACAGACAUCUAUGCUCCUUGCCCCUCGCUGCUGCUAAACAAUCACCACCUUCGCCUUCUCAAAACUUAUCGAGGAAAGCAAAGAAGAAAGCUAUUCAACAGUCUCCUGAAGCAUUGCUGAAACAAAAGCUAGACAUGUGCUCUAGGAACGGUGAUGCCGUGGAAGCCCUUCGCUUGUAUGAUGAGGCGAAACGCAACGGCGUGCAGCUGAGCCAGUACCAUUAUAACGUGAUGCUCUAUGUAUGCUCGUUGUCUGAGGCAGCAGCAGCAGCCGCAGCAGAGUCGUCUCCGAAUCCAGGACUCAGUAGGGGUUUUGAUAUAUUUAAGGAGAUGAUUGUUGACAAAGUAGUUCCUAACGAAGCUACAUUCACAAACGGUGCUAGACUCGCCGUUGCAAAGGAUGACCCGGAAAUGGCUUUCGAUAUGCGGUUGAGAGAUUUGGUGAGACAGGUUACUAAAUCGACUUUUGAUACGAUCGAGGAGUGGUUUAAAACUGAAGCGGCUGCAAAAGCUGGAGCCGAGAAAUGGGACGUGAAGAAGAUAAAGGAUGGGGUUGUGAGUGGUGGUGGUGGGUGGCAUGGACAAGGUUGGCUCGGGACUGGGAGAUGGAAUGUGACAAGAACAGAGAUGGAUGAGAAUGGUGUGUGUAAAUGUUGCAAAGAGAAGCUUGUUUGUAUCGAUAUCAAUCCGGUUGAGACAGAGAACUUCGCUGCAUCGUUGACUCGGUUGGCGUGUGAAAGAGAAGUCAAAUCUAAUUUCAAUCAGUUUCAGGAAUGGCUUCAAAGACAUGGACCGUUUGAUGCAGUCAUAGACGGAGCCAACAUGGGUUUAGUCAACCAGCGGAGUUUCAGCUUCUUCCAGCUUAACAAUGUUGUUCAAAGAUUACAACAUAUUAGUCCGUCGAAAAGGUUACCACUUGUGAUCUUGCACAAGAGUCGUGUAAUCGGAGGUCCAGCUACUUACCCUAAAAACAGAGCUUUGCUAGAGAAAUGGAAAAACGCCGGUGCUCUCUACGCUACUCCUCCUGGCUCAAACGAUGAUUGGUAUUGGCUUUACGCAGCUGUAAGUUGCAAGUGUUUAUUGGUGACAAACGAUGAGAUGAGAGACCAUCUCUUUCAGCUACUAGGAAACAGUUUCUUCCCAAGGUGGAAAGAGAAGCAUCAGGUUCGGAUAUCUGUGUCGAGAGAGGAUGGACUCACACUGCAUAUGCCACCUCCAUACUCCAUUGUUAUACAGGAGUCUGAAGAUGGAAGAUGGCAUGUCCCAAUGAGCGUGGAAGAUGAUCUCCAGACAUCAAGGCAAUGGUUAUGUGCGAGAAGAUCCAAAGCACAUUGA